AUGUCUACUAAUGUGUGGCCAUCAAAUCGUGAACCAUAUCAUGGUGAUAUUGUCCAAGGUAGAUUGGGAAAUUGUUUUCUUAUUGCUUCACUUCAAGCAUUAGCUUCUUGCCAACCUCAAUUACUGAAAUCGAUUAUUUCUCUUUCACCACUCACAUGUUCUUUUUAUCGACAAGGUCAACGUGUUGAAAUACCAGUAAUAAUGGAAUCAUUAACAAAUGAGUAUCAAUAUUGUCGUUCAACUGUCACAGAUGUUCAAUGGCCUUACAUUAUCGAACAAGCCUAUGCUCAAUUUUAUGGAGGUCGAUAUGAAAAUUUAGCCGGUGGAAAUACAUCGGAAGCAUUAUAUGAUUUAUUAGGAAAACCUGUUGAAGAAUUCGAACCAACUGAUCAUGGAGUAUGGGAGAAAAUUGAAAAAGGAUUAGCUGAAAAAAAUGCAUUGAUUACUUGUGGAGCUGUUGUGACAAAUGAUGCAACAGCAGCUAAUAAUUCUAAUGGACUAGUAAUUAACCAUGCUUAUUCAAUUUUGGCUACUUUUGUGUAUCAACAAACACGAGAAAAAUAUGUUCUUAUACAUAAUCCUCAUGGCAUUAAUCAUAUACUGAAAGAAAAUAGUCGUGCACGAAAUGCGUUUUUUACAUUGAUUUCCAAGAGUCAUCCAUUGUGGUCGAAUACAUCAGGAACUCAACUACUUUCAUGGCCUGAACUUCAACGAACUUGUAAUCGUAUUCAAAUUUGCCAUUUAAAUGUAGAAUCUCGGCAGUUGUUGUCUGGUGACUGGUCAAUAAUGACUAGUGGUGGUUGUUCAAAUUUUCCAACCUUUUAUCGAAAUCCAUUCAUUCUCUUUCCUCUUUCGUAUUCAAAAAAAACUAUACUUGUUCUGGGACAUACAAUUGAUCAACGACAUGAACGAACAGAAACAGAUGUUAAACUUAACUAUGCACAAUUAGGUAUAACGAUAGUUGAACUUAAAUUCCAUACGAUACCUGUUAAUGAUAAUUAUGAAAUAAUUUGUCAAUCGAAAUUUUGGAAUAAACGAGAAGUAGCUGUUACUAUUGAUAUUGAAGCUAAACAAGGAAAACAAUAUGCAGUUGUCCUAUCGACUUAUUAUCCAAAUAUCAAUACUUCAUUUUGGUUACAAGUUUUUUCUAAACAACUAUUAUCAACAAUAGAAUUACGUACGUGGAUCAAUGUAUUUCAACAAACUGUUCAAACUAUUCAUGGAGAAUGGCAUCGAGAAAAUGCUGGUGGAAGACGAACUAAAUCAACAGCAUUAACAUUUUACAAGAAUCCUGCAUAUCUUCUUACGCUUUCAAAUGCAUCUCGUGUUCGAUUAAUUCUUCAUCAAUCAUUUCAAACAGUUGUUCCACUUGCUCAAUAUUAUCCCAUUGGUAUCUAUGUUCUUUCGACUACAAAUAAUGAGGAGCCAGCAUUUGUACGUGCUAGAUCAAUUUCAAGAUUAGUUCACUUAAAUUCAGAAGAAGAAUAUUAUGUUGUGCCUACUUGUUUCGAAGCAAAUUCAUUCGGAAAAUUCGAACUUAAUGUUCUUUGCGAUGUACCAUUUACACUUGAUCCGACAGAAAGAAAAUUACCUACACCACCUCCUAUAGAGAAUGAAACAUCUGCUCAAACCAAUACAACAAAAACGAUGGUAUCAACAGCACGAAAAUCAAUGACAACAACAGCAACUACAAGAACAACAGGAACAAAAGAAGCACCAAAAAAACGAAAUCCGUCCUUAGCUACGGCUCGUUUGUCAACACUGAUCGAUGAAUAUUCCAAGAGAACAUAA